AUGGCCGCGAAGAACUUCAAGUACGUGAUCCUCGGCGGUGGAGUCUCAGCUGGAUAUGCAGCUCGGGAGUUUGCCAAACAAGGGCUUAAGCCAGGCGAACUAGCAGUCAUUUCCAAAGAGGCGGUCGCACCAUAUGAACGUCCUGCACUCAGCAAGGCUUAUCUCUUCCCUGAGUCUCCUGCUAGACUUCCUGGGUUUCAUGUUUGUGUUGGAAGUGGAGGAGAGAGAUUGCUUCCCGAGUGGUACAAAGAGAAAGGGAUAGAAUUGAUUCUUAGCACUGAAAUAGUUAAAGUCGAUCUUGCUGAGAAGACUCUUGUCAGUGGAACUGGGGAAUCCUUCAAGUAUCAGACUCUGGUCAUUGCCACUGGAUCAACUGUUAUAAGAUUGACAGAUUUUGGUGUCAAAGGAGCUGAAGCCAAAAACAUCUUCUAUUUGAGAGAAAUUGAUGAUGCUGAUAAACUCAAUGAAGCAAUUAAAUCCAAAAAGAAUGGGAAAGCCGUGAUUGUUGGAGGAGGGUACAUUGGUCUCGAGCUUGGUGCAGCUUUAAGAAUUAACAACUUAGAUGUUAAAAUGGUUUACCCUGAACCAUGGUGCAUGCCUCGCCUUUUCACUUCUGGUAUUGCUGCUUUCUACGAGGGUCACUAUGCAAACAAAGGAAUUAAAAUCAUCAAGGGAACAGUUGCGGUUGGAUUUACUGCUAAUUCAGAUGGAGAGGUCAAGGAAGUGCACUUAAAGGACGGCACUGUGCUUGAAGCUGACAUUGUUGUUGUUGGUGUUGGGGGGAGACCCCUGACAACAUUGUUCAAGGGACAAGUUGAAGAGGAGAAAGGUGGCAUUAAGACGGAUGCAUUCUUCAAAACAAGUGUUCCUGAUGUAUAUGCUGUGGGUGAUGUGGCUACUUUUCCUUUGAAGUUGUACAAUGAGAUUAGAAGAGUUGAGCAUGUUGACCAUGCACGCAAAUCUGCUGAGCAGGCUGUAAAGGCCAUCAAGGCAAGCGAGGAGGGGAAGACAAUUGAGGAGUAUGACUACCUUCCCUUCUUCUAUUCUCGUUCCUUCGAUCUGUCAUGGCAAUUCUACGGCGACAAUGUGGGUGAAACCGUGCUCUUCGGAGACAAUAACCCUACCUCACCAAAACCCAAGUUUGGAACAUACUGGAUCAAAGACGGGAAAGUGGUCGGAGCAUUUCUGGAGGGUGGCAGUCCUGAAGAAAACCAGGCUAUUGCCAAAGUUGCCAAGGUCCAACCUCCUGUUGCCAGUUUAGAUCAGCUUGCGAAAGAAGGUCUUUCUUUUGCUAGUAAGAUUUAA